CGAAAAACUGUUUUUUUUAAAAAAUGGCAAACAAGUUGCAGAAUUACAAAUUACCUGAGCAAGUGAAGCUUCUUCCACAAACCUCACAACUCAAGGGGCUAAUGACUAUUAUUCGUGACAAGAAUACCCCUCGAGCUGAUUUCAUUUUCUAUGCUGAUCGUAUUAUUCGUCUUCUUGUCGAAGAAGGAUUGAACCAUUUACCUGUGGUCGACAAAGCAGUUAAAACUCCCACUGGAAAUGAAUAUAAGGGCAUUGCAUUUGAAGGACGUAUCUGUGGCGUGUCCAUCAUGCGAGCUGGUGAAGCAAUGGAACAAGGUUUGAGAGAAUGUUGUAGAAGUGUUAGAAUUGGUAAGAUCUUGAUUCAACGUGAUGAAGAAACACACCAACCAAAGUUAUACUACUCAAAACUUCCUAAGGAUAUUGCUUCUCGUUAUGUUCUCUUAUUAGAUCCAAUGCUGGCGACGGGUGGAUCAGCAAUGCAGGCAGUACAAGUGCUAUUAGAUAACAAUGUAAAGGAAGAGCGCAUCAUCUUUUUGAACUUGAUCGGUUCACCUGAAGGUAUCGAUAAUUUUAUUGCUAAAUACCCUAAGGUGAAAAUUGUCAUUGGAGAAUUGGAUGAAGGCCUUAAUCCUGAUAAAUACAUUGUCCCUGGCUGUGGUGAUUUUGGAUGCAGGUAUUUUGGUACUGAUUAAAGACAAUAAUAAACGGUGUAUUCUUUUGAAAAUGACGCCUUUUAAUUUGCUGCUUAAAGUAAUGCCCAUGUAUCACCCAAUACUUUCCUUUCUUAGCAAUGACCAACUGUGCCUAUUUU